CUCCCCCCAUCACUGGCGCCAGCGGCCAGGGCAGGGAGCCCAGGGCCGGCCCGGCUCUCGGUGGGGGGCCAGGCUCGCCACCCCCGCCCCUCCUCGCGGUGACUGGCGCGAUUGACUUAGGCCUCGGGCGGGGUGAGAGGGCGGGACCGUUGGGUGUUUCUGCGCCGGAGCGCGCGGAUGUUCUGUCCGGAGCCGGGGCUGCGUCAUCCCCGAACGAACCCCGGUGCCGCGCGAGCCACUCCCGAGCGUGGGCAGCGCCGGGCUCGGGGCUCUAAGGCGUGUGUCGUGCUGGCCAGUGUGGACGGAAGCCCUGGCUCUCAUUCAGCCUUCCUAGCGCUGCAGAAAAUCAACAAAAGAAGAUGAAGGCCAAUAAAGGAAAACCUGCACUAGAGAGAGAGAGUUUUGUAUAAAUUCAAUGCUGGAAAUCAGCGCUUAGUGCUUACAGUGCCUCUCAAAUUUCCUGUGCAAGAGAAUGCCAGUCAUUUGCAUGGACGUCUAAUGCUCCUGCACAAUUUACCAUGCUUCAUAGAAAAUGACUUAAAGCAAUCUCUUAGUCAAUUCAUUGAAGGAGAAUCCAUAAAGAUUAUGAUAGAAGCAGAGGCAGCCCUGAAAGCUGUGAAAUCAGGAGAAGUGGACAUGCACCAGCUGGCAAAUGCUUGGGCUAAAGCUUAUACAGAGACAACAUUAGAACAUGCAAGACCUGAAGAACCCAGUUGGGAUGAAGAUUUUGCAGACGUGUACCAUGAUCUGAUACACUCUCCAGCUUCUGAAACUCUGUUAAACCUGGAACACAAUUAUUUUGUUAGUAUCUCAGAAUUAAUAAAUGAAAGAGACGUGGAACUGAAAAAAUUACGAGAAAGACAAGGAGCAGAAAUGGAUAAGGUGAUGCAAGAACUAGGAAAAUCUCUAACAGAUCAAGAUGUAAAUGCACUGGCUGCUCAGCAUUUUGAAUCCCAACAGGUUUUGGAGAAUAAAUGGACCAGUGAACUAAAACAGUCCACCGCCAUCCAAAAACAGGAGUAUCAAGAAUGGGUGAUAAAACUUCAUCAAGAUCUAAAAAAUCCCAACAACAGCUCAAUCAGUGAGGAAAUUAAGGUUCAACCCAGUCAGCUGAGAGAAUCUGUAGAAGGAAAUGGAAGAAUUUAUGAAGAGCAGAGGCAGUUAGAAGAAAGUUUUACUAUUCAUUUGGGAGCCCAGUUGAAAACGAUGCAUAAUUUGAGAUUAUUGAGAGCUGAUAUCCUGGACUUCUGUAAACACAAACGCAAUCACCGAAGUGGAGUAAAGCUUCACAGACUUCAGACUGCAUUGUCUCUUUAUUCAACUUCUCUUUGUGGCCUGGUUUUAUUGGUAGACAACCGAAUCAGUUCAUACAGUGGCAUCAAAAGAGAUUUUGCAACAGUUUGCCAAGAAUGCACAGAUUUCCACUUUCCUGGGAUUCAAGAGCAGCUUGAAAUUGUGCAGCAGGUUGUACUUUAUGCUAGAGCACAACGCAGCAAUUCAGUAAAUAGAAAUGGUGGAAAUGAAGAGAAGUCCAAGAAUAUUGAGCGAAACCAAUCAAAUAUUUUGCCUGGAGAAUUUUACAUCACACGCCAUUCAAAUCUUUCUGAAAUUCAUGUUGCUUUUCAUCUGUGUGUGGAUGAUAAUGUAAGGUCUGGUAACAUUACUGCUCGGGAUCCUGCAAUCAUGGGCCUCAGAAAUAUUCUCAAAGUUUGUUGUACACAUGAUAUUACUACAAUUAGCAUCCCUCUUCUGCUGGUACAUGAUAUGUCAGAGGAAAUGACUAUACCAUGGUGCUUGAAGAGGGCAGAGCUUGUGUUUAAAUGUGUCAAAGGCUUCAUGAUGGAAAAUGGCUUCAUGGGAUGUGAGGAAUUUCUCGGACCGUACAAUUUCUGGUACCUGCAGACUAUAUCUGAGGAAAUGUUUUAUCAGCUGAGUAAUAUGCUCCCCCAGAUCUUUCGAGUGUCCUCUACGCUGACUCUGACAUCUAAGCACUAACCCCGCUGCAUGUCACUGAAAGAGAUGAGAGUAUUGAUUUAAAUACCAGAAUUUCUCCUCUGUAUUUUUCCCAAAAUUGACUGUUUAUUUGGAAGUUAAAUUUUAUUGCAAGUUGCAAACAAAAUAAUGUAUAUCCAUUUAAAAGUUCAUAAAAUCAGUGUUCUGUCUUGAUGUAUUUGCCAAAAAAAUCAAAUACAGUCAGUCUUUCAGCAAGAUAUUAAUGUGAAAUUUCACCUUUUUAUGCAUAUCACAUACUGUAAAUGUUUGUUUGUGUGACCUAAAAUGUGUGUAUUUAAAUGUUAUCUAUGGAAGCAUAGUAAUUUUCAAACCUAAGCAUUUACAGUAGCAGGAAUAGAUAUCUAUACAUUUUGUGGAAACAUUCUUGUUUUCUGAAUUUGCCCAAUGCAAUUUAGAAGAGCAUGAAUUAUGUCAGGCAAGCCUUCUUAGAAUAACUUAAAUAAUCUGGAAACAUUGUAAAAGCAACUGUAAUAAGGUCACCCUGACCAUGAGAAUAAAAUUGACACCCCCUCCCAUAACAGUUACAAAAUGAAAGGUAAAAUAAACUGAAAAAUAACCA